GUUCGGGCAGCCAAUUUUGGAGCGCCGGUCACUUUGCGCCCUGCCCCUACGAAAGGGAGCCGACGACGACGAGUCGUGAGACUAGACCCUCGGGAAUUAGAGACCAAAACCGCUGCCAUGGUGUCCCCAAGCCAGUUCGGCAGCGACCAUGGCCUCGACGGCAUCAGUAAGCUCGAAACCAACGUCGACGCGCUUAGUCGGGAGGCCCAGGCACGGGUGCCCGCGGCGCUGGAGGAGCGGCAGAGAAGAGCAAGGCAGGCUGCUUUGCUCGAGCAGCAGAUGGGCAGCCCUGCCACAAUAAACUCUCUGCAGAUCCACGGCGCGAAGAACACGAGGAAAACCUUCCUUGCCCCGAUAUUCGAUCCCUUGGUCUCCCCUGAGAACAAUGCCGGCACUACCCUCGGCGACGUGCUCGCGAGGCUGCACGAGGCCACCAACAAGCUGGACCGAUUCGAGAUCUUCAAGCCGGAGCCCAGGGUCUACCUUUCGAGCGCGCGCGACUCUGACCCGCUAGCGGCCGCAACAGACCUGGACGUGGACAUCCGGGUAGCAGAGCGGGGCCGAUGGAUGCUCAACACUGGGACGGACCUGGGCAACGCCGAGGGCUCGGCCUACGGCAACCUCCUCUGCCGCAACCUGUUUGGUGGCGCUGAAUCGCUCUCACUCAACGCCAAGGCGGGCACCCGUACUCGGUCCGCCUACACGACCGCCUUCUCGACUCCGAUCAAUGGCGACCCGGACCUGCGCUUUUCGCUCGAGGGCCUGGCCUCGGCCACCGAGAAGCCCUGGGCCAACCACGAGGAGGUGCUGCGCGGCGGCACCGCGCGCCUCGCCUGGCGCGACCCGCGGACCACCAACGCCCACACGCUCUCGCUCGGCUCCAACUGGCGCCAGCUGACGGGCCUGGCCGGCGCCGCCUCGGCCUCGGUCCGCGCCGACGCCGGCGACAGCGUCAAGACGGCGCUCACGCACACCUUCACGCGCGACCGCCGCGACAGGCCCGUCCUCGCACAGAGCGGCUACCUGAUGCGCACCACGUCGGAGCUGGCCGGCUGGGGCCCGCUCGGCGGUGACGUGUCCUUCGCCAAGACGGAGCUCGAGCUCGCCGCCGCCCAGCCCCUGCCCCUCCCCGGCAUCCCCGCCGCCAAGACGGGAAUCUCGGUCGGGGCCGGCCUGCGCUUCGGCCUGCUGUGCCCGCUGCCGCUCGGCUUCCCCAGCCGCGGCAAGGCGGCGGCGGCGCUGGCGGCCCCCAGCCGCAUCAACGACCGCUUCCUGCUCGGCGGCCCCACCGACGUCAGGGGCUUCAAAAUGGGUGGCCUGGGGCCCCGCGACGGGGCCGACGCCCUGGGUGGCGACGUACUGGCCGCCGGAGGCGUCCACAUGCUGCUCCCGCUGCCUCGGGCAGGGGCCGAGUCGCCGCUGCGCCUGCAGCUGUUCGCCAAUGGCGGGCGCCUGGUCGGCAUCAAGAACAAGGGCGGCAAGGCCAAGGAGGCGGGCGCCGGCGCUGGCAUGAGCCAGGGUGCCGUCGUGCGGGGCCUUCAGUCUGCCGUGGCCGAGGUGUUUAAUGGUCUGCCCAGCCUGGCGGCGGGUGUCGGUUUGGUGUAUGCACACCCCGUCGCCCGAUUCGAGCUCAACUUUAGCCUGCCCCUUGUCAUGAGGCGAGGCGAGGAGGGGCGCAAAGGGCUCCAGGUUGGUGUUGGCAUCAACUUCCUCUAAGGGAAGCUACCGAGGGAAUGGGCCCAGGGGCCAGCCCGCCGAUCGCACUCUAACCCUUGUAGGACUAGUGCUUGAUUAGCUAAAAAAAAAAAGAGACCAGACGUCACACGGGAGCAGCGCAGCUGUGUCGAUAUAAUGCCAACCCCCUUUGUAUUUAGAGUUGACAAAAUUGCGGCCGGGCUAGGCUCGCCAUGAGUUGCAAUUAUUGAAGGCGCGAUGCCUGACUUGCACUUUACUGAACCGGCCCUGACGUCAAGACGACUCGGACCGGCUCGUGAUACAUGAGCGAGAACUCUGUGGUGCAUGAUUGAUAUCGGGUUCCUUGUGAAAAUUUUGCUUUCAGGGGUCUAUUCUACUCAUCAUGUAAAUCUUCACUCUUCACACAAACGUCCUCUCGCGG